AUGCCACCAAAGCUGGACCCCAACGAGAUUAAGAUCAUCUACCUCCGUGCCACCGGAGGAGAGGUCGGAGCAUCCUCUGCUCUUGCCCCCAAGAUUGGUCCUCUCGGUUUGUCGCCCAAGAAGGUUGGUGAAGAUAUCGCCAAGGCCACCCAGGACUGGAAGGGUCUCCGUGUCACCGUCCAGUUGACCAUCCAGAACCGUCAGGCUGCCGUCUCGGUCGUCCCCUCGGCCUCUUCCUUGGUCAUCAAGGCCCUCAAGGAGGCCCCUCGCGACCGCAAGAAGGAGAAGAACAUUAAGCACAAUGGUAACAUCUCGUUGGACGAUGUUAUCGAGAUUGCUCGCAUCAUGCGCUCCAAGUCCAUGGCCCGCGAGCUCUCUGGUACCGUUAAGGAGAUUCUUGGAACUGCUUUCUCGGUCGGAUGCACCGUUGACGGCCAGUCCCCCAAGGAUCUUGGCGAUGCCAUUGAUGCCGGUGAGGUUGAGAUUCCCGAGGCUUAA